AUGAAUCUAUUGUAUUUGAGGGUGAUCCUUCUUGGAGUCUGUUGUGUUCGUCCGUUGGCUGCAACCCACCCUUCUGAUGGACACCGAUACGGCGAGUCAAGUUACUUCAUUGUUAAGGAAAAGGUAGAUUGGUACCGAGCAAAGUACAUUUGUGCGGAGUCACGAGCAAACCUGGCUGUGCCAAAGACGCAAUCCGAACAGGAUUACAUAUGGGAACUAUUCCUAAAAGAGUUUGAUCAAAACCCUUCUACCGAUCUCUGGAUUGGUUGUAAUGACAUCGAGGAGGAGGGAAAUUGGCAGCACUGUCCGUUGAAGGGUGAGACCAACGCCUUUGAGAAUUGGGCUGAAGAGGAACCUAAUAAUGACUAUGGAGCAGAUUGUGGAUCGCUAUGGGUUGAUAGGAAUGGUAAAUGGGAUGAUUACCCGUGCAAUGAAGAAAUCUACGCAGUUUGUGAGACCACUGUCAGCAACACCCCGAAAUUCUGCCUUCAGACCGGCAAAGACGGCCGCCUUGUUUCCCCGGAGCAUUCUUCAACGCAUCAUUAA